UUAUACAUAUAUUUGUUUUGCAUUUGUAACUUCAUCUGUUCUUUUAAAUUAAUUUUUCUUUUCUUAGCUAUCUCAAUUUCAAUCAAAAAUUAUUUUUUAAUUAUUGAGAUGCUUCACAAUUUUUUGACAAAAAUAGUAUGCCGAAACUUUUCUAUUUCUUCACCGCUCCAGAAAUCUGUUUAUUUGAGGAAUAUUCCAAAAAAUCUCAACAUGAAGGACUUAAUAUCUUUUUUCUCUGGUUAUGGCGAGAUAAGCAAUAUCAGGAUUGCACAAGUUUACAUUUAA